AUAGGUAUUAUAACCAUUGAAAUUGCAGUUCGCUUUUGUAGCGCGUGGCUUACAGUUUAAUUUCAUUUUAUAUAAUUUCGGGACAAAGUGUGUAAAUUUUUGUUAUUUUUGCUACAUAUAUAGAUAUUUGAAAAGCCUCAUUAUGAAUAAAAAUAUCUUGAAAGAAGCUUUUGAAGUAAAUUCUAUCCAUGAUGCUAGUUAUACAGGAGGCCAGAUUCAUUGGAGUAAAAACGGGAAGUAUAUGUUUUGCUCUAACAAUGGAGCUAUAUCGGUUUUAUCGAUAGAAAAAGGUUCUACGAUUGAAUAUUUUGGAAAAGCAGAAGAUAGAGAAGACCUUGAUGAAGUUAAUUGUUUUUCACUAAGCAAUGAUGAUAAAUUUAUACUCGCUCAUUGUAGGAGCGGAUUUUUUAAACUGUGGGAUAUUCAAGAACAUAAGUUAAUUAAAAUAUGGAAAUCUAUUCACAAUGGGCCUGUUACAAAUUUAACUUUUCUAAAUAAUCAAUUGAUGGCCUCAGGAGGAAGUGAUAGUUCUAUCAGAUUAUGGGAUUUACAACACCAUAUUUGUCUAAGGCUUUUUAAGGGGAUACAAGGAGUUAUUAGCGUGUUAGCUUUUCAUCCAUAUAAAGAGAAAUUACUGUUUGGGGCCGGAGAUGAUACAAAAAUUUAUGGCUGGGAUAGUGAUACCGCUCAACAAAAGAUUUUACUUUCUGGUCAUUCAAGUAAAAUAACAUCCUUAUCUUUUCAUGUUAAUGGGAUCAACUUAGUCAGUUCCGGAAGAGAUAAAUUAAUUAUAUUGUGGGAUAUCUCUACUUCAAACGCAUUACGCAAAUUAGCAGUUUACGAAGGAAUAGAAGGAGCUUUUAUUGUGCAAAAUAAACAUUUGUCAAGCAAUUUCCUUACAACUGAUGCAAAUUCUAUUUACGUUGCUGCCGCUGGUGAAAAAGGUCUCGUUACUCUAUGGGAUAUUUUCAAUUGUACAAAAUUAUAUAUACAAGAAAACUCUUUGGUGGCUGCGGCCAAAGAGGAAGGAGGAGUUUCGAUUACGCAUUUAAUUUAUAACGAAGAUAUUAAUAGCUUUGCUGUAGUUUCUGCAGAUCAUCAUAUUAUCAUUUAUUCUAUGGAAAACUUUGGCUGUAUGAAACAGAUUGUGGGUUACUUAGACUCCAUUUUAGACAUAGCCUAUGUAGGAGAGGAGGAUUCACAUAUUGCGGUAGCUAGUAAUAGUUCGGAUAUUAAAUUAUAUGAAUUAAAUUCUAUGAAUUGCCAAUUACUUCGUGGUCAUACUGACAUAGUUUUAUCACUUGCUACGACUCCUGCCAAUAGGCAGUUAUUAAUUUCUUCAGCUAAGGAUAAUAGUGUUCGAGUAUGGCUUUUGGAUAAGGAAACCAAAAAAAUGAUAUGUACUGCCGCUGCUAUUAAACAUACAGCUUCCGUUGGUUGUGUUUGUAUUUCACAAUUAUCAACCAAAUUUUUUGUAUCGGCAAGUCAGGAUUCAUGUCUUAAACUUUGGUCUUUACCUGAAAAUUUGGCAACAUCAUCGGACCAUAUUAAAAUCGAGUCAACUAAUACAGUAUUAGCUCAUGUGAAAGAUAUUAAUAGUGUAGCAAUUUCAUUGAAUGAUGAAUUUAUUGCAACUGGUUCACAAGAUAAAACUGCUAAAUUAUGGUCUGCCAAUGAUCUUAAAUUGAUUGGUACAUUUAACGGACAUCGGAAAGGUGUAUGGAGCGUACGAUUUUCACCAAUUGAUAGAGUGUUAUUGACAGCAUCUGCAGAUUGCACGAUUAAGAUAUGGUUAUUAAAUGACCUUACAUGUUUAAAAACUUUACAGGGACAUGAGUCAUCUGUCCUGAAAGCUGAAUUUAUGUCUUGUGGUAUGCAAUUGAUCACUGCAGGUGCAGAUGGUCUUAUAAAAAUUUGGAGUAUGAAAACAUCCGAAUGUACUUUUACUUUGGCAAAACAUGAGAGUAGAGUGUGGGGAUUAACAGUUUCUAAAGACGAGAAACAUAUUAUUAGCGGUGGAAGUGAUUCUUUAUUGAUAAUUUGGAAAGACGUAACAGAGGAGCGAAAAACUCGAAUUGCAGCUGGAAAAGAAACAAAUGUAUUAAAGAAACAAAAAUUAGAUAAUUUACUUAAAUCAAAUAAUUUUUCCCAAGCAUUAAAAAUUGCUUUAGAAUUGGAACAACCACUACUACUUUUAAAUAUUGUUGAUGGUAUAUUAAAAGAAGAUAAAAAACAAUUACAAACUACAAUACGUGAAUUACCACCUUCUUGUAAGCAAGUUUUAUUACGUUAUGCAGCUAAAUGGAAUACUAACAGCAAAAACGCAGAAGCUGCUCAGACGGUUAUAAAUGCGUUAAUUUGCGAAAUGGAAAUGCAAGAUAUUCAAAGCACAGAUCUAUUGCCUUUCUUUGAAGGUAUGAUACCUUAUACGGAACGCCAUUUUAAAAGAUUAACGGAACAUUUAAAAGAUGUUCAUUCCAUUAUUUACACUAUUAACAGGAUGAAACCACAUGUUGCAAUAUGUAGUUCAAAUGUAGAUAGUGAUGUAUAGUAAUAAUAUGUAAAAUAAUAGAUAAAUAAAUUUAGAAUCACGUAUAGAUUUGAUGUAUAUAAAUUAGUGAUAUACUAAUGAUGUUUACUAUAAAUAAAGUUUUAGAAUUAGUAUUAU